AUGACUCUCCCGUGGAUAUACCCCGUCCGAAUCGUGCAGGCACUCUUUGGCGUGAUCGUGAUCGGCUUGACAGGAUAUGUGGUGUCAGAAUACUAUUAUGGAUGGUCAUACUCGGAUACUGUCAACUUCCUCCUCUUCCUCGGUUGCUGGACUGCCUUUGUAGCAGUACCCUACCUCGCCAUUUCACCGGUAUGGUUCCCUCGUCUUGCGCAUCACUAUGUGAUUCCUGCUGUCGAAGUGAUUACCAUGAUCUUCUGGUUUGCUGGGUUUAUCGCGGAGGGAGCGAUGUUGCCUCCGCCGAGGGCGUGUCAUGGGAGUGUAUGCAGCUCGCUCCAGGCAGCAACGGUAUUUGCGGCGUUUGAAUGGGUGUUAUUUGCCGUCACCAGCUAUUUCGGUAUUGUCGAUCUGAUGAACCACCGCAGUGGAGAAGCGAAACCACAUUCGAAUGUGCAUUUGGGGGUUUGA